AUGAAAAAGCGCGAUCGACGACUCCGCACAGAUGUUGAACUAUGUGAGGAUACUUGGCAAGUGGUCAAAGAAUCUGUUCGGCAGUUAAGACACGAGAAUAAACGAAAUGUGAUUUGGAAAAACUUUCGAAACGGUGAACAUGUCGAUAACAUUUUACCUCAAUCUCAGGCUAAUGAUGGCAAUCCUUCGUCGCGCGUCAUCGCGGAAAAUGAUGAAAAAACAUGUAAACAUGAGGAAUGGACGCCUGUCGUAGCUUUAUUGAUGAUUAUUUUUAUAGAUCUUUCGGUACACAUGGGUGGCCAAUUGUCGUAG